UUCAAACAUAUUCGAGGUCCAGAUGAAACGUUUAAGGCGGCAAAGUCGACUUCGACCUUUAGAAAUGAAGGAGAAAUUAUGGAUAUUGAGCAUUUACCUCCUGUGUUUCCAGACACGUCUGUCUCUGGCAUCCAUUGAAAAGAUAGUAGCAGCGACUGGGAAUGAUAUAUUGCUGCCUUGUAAUGUGGAAACCCAGGGUGAUAUUCAGUGGCUCAAGAAUGAUGUUCUACUCCUGAAAUACAUAAAUUCUAUCAGACGUCUCGGUGCUAGCAUACAAGAUAGAGAUCGCUUUAAAGUCCCGUCUCACCACACAAAUGACUUGAAAGUGACUAAGGUGAAACUCUCGGAUUCAGGCACUUUCACCUGCAAGAAAGGAAAGGAUACUGUUCGAACCGUGGAACUUUUUGUGGUCCAGGUAUCAGCAAACCCUUCAGCCGAACUCAUCUCGUCAGAAGACCUAGAAUUAUCUAUUCAGUCGUCUCCUGAGAUAAUUUCUGGUUUGCAAGUCACCUGGAUGAAGGAUGGUAAGAACAUCAGUACGGACUCCAAACUGGUGGUGAAAAAUGUGCAAAGAGAAGACAGCGGUAGUUUCGAAUGCCGCAUAAAAAUCGAUACUGGAAAUGAAGUGAAGAGCACGACAAUGAUCACAGUUAAAGGUCUUCUUCCUUCUCCGGCCAUUGUGUACACGGCAGGGAAACACCCCAUCACUAUCCCAUGGUUGUUCAACUUUAAGGUGCAGCAAAAACCUCUGUCCCCUCAUAACGUGUGCGCAGCAGGGGGGAACAUCACUUUCCAGUCCAAGGUUAUUAAAAAACUCACCGUCACCCAGGAGGCUGCAUGCUGGCACCAAAAGUGCGACCAGAAGACCCCACCGGAGCAACUGCACAACCUGAGUGUUUGUCUUCCUAACCCUAGCAGUGGUCAUUACGAGAUGGCAAUCACUCUGAAGGCUGGCGCGCGAGAGAAGACGCUGAUGACACGUGUGUGUGUGGCUAAUCUCACAGUGUCUGUGUCACCCAGUGAUGUCAGGAUGGACUCCACCGCUACUCUCCUGUGUAACGUAACCUGCAUAGACCCAGACGGGAAGCUCUGCUGGUCUCAUACAAACACAGGACAUGAGAUCUGUGGGCAAGUGGGGACAAGUACAUUGGCCAAAGAAGUCACUGCUAUGCCGGAGACUGUGGGGAACUGGACCUGCAGUGUACUGGUGGGAGCGGAAAGCAAGGCCAGUGCUAAUCUGAUACUUGAGGUGCAGGCUGCUUUCCUCGAUGCAUCUAGCUCUCUGUUCUGGGUGACUGUCGGAGUUGGAGUCCUCGUACUGUUGUUAUUUGUGGUGACCAUCACUGUUAUGACAGCUCGGUGUCGCAGGAUGCGGCGGGCGCGGUACAGAGCCUGGCUGUUACAGAACGUGCACCAGCAGAGACGCUGCCAGUGUAAGGGAUUUGCACCCAAGCUGCUCAGUGAGAACAUCUGAUUGUUCUGCAGAAUAUUGCACCAAUGGAUGGAGUUGUCCUCGUGGCCAGAGUAGCAAUGGGGCGGAUGGGACUAAAGCCCUAGGCAUCCACGUAAAAAUAAGCGUCAUCAUGGCAGCACUAUGACGCCCAGCUGGCCACACAGUCAUAGGUGUUAAUAUUGUAUUCAUAUUUUCCUCACAAAUGUUUCUACUUUUAACGUAUUUGGGGAGAUACUGGGACUGAGAGUGUGGUGGUGUACACGCCCAUAUGGCACUGGCCACACCCACACAACACUGGCCACACCUCCUCUGCUUCCCACAAUAGGCCCUUGAUAAAUUUUCAGCCAGUCCUUCUAGUGACUUGCACAGUCUGUUGCCUCUCUCUGUGACAGGCUGACUCCCGCCAUAUUGUCUCCAUCCAGUUCUAGUCAGGGACCUGCAGUUUGCAGAACAUUUUCUCUGUAAGUGCCCUGCAGACUAUUGCUCCUCUAAUAUGUUCAUGAUGAAGAUCUGCAGACUAUUAUUAUUAUUAUAAUAAUCAAAACUACAUGAAACUUUUGCAUCAUAUUUUGCCAGUAUAUUAUCCUGUUGUACAUUGACCUGCUGGAAUCAGCAGAUGAUUGCACUAUUCACUUCUCUUGUAUAAAGCACCAGUCUAGUAUUCUCUAUACUGAAAUAUAUAUAACUUAAUAAAUGCU